GAGGCUCGGCGGAGCGGCGGAGGCGGCGGCGCGGCACUUGCGCGCCGUGCGGCACUUGCGCUCCGCGCCAUGCCGGCGGCGCUGGGGGCUGCGCGGCGCUGCGCCCUGGCGGGGCCGCUCCUGCCGGUGCCGCCGCCGCCGGUGCUGCUGGUGCUGCUGGUGCUGCCGGUGCUGCCGGCCGCGGGGACCGAGGGGAAGGCGCGGAGCUGCGGCGAGGUACGGCAGGCGUACAGCGCCAAGGGCUUCAGCCUGGCCAGCGUGCCCUACCAGGAGAUCGCAGGGGAACAUUUGAGAAUAUGCCCUCAGGAAUAUACAUGCUGCACCUCGGAAAUGGAGGACAAGUUAAGCCAACAGAGCAAACUGGAGUUUGAAAACUUAGUGGAGGAGACAAGUCACUUUGUACGCACGACUUUUGUAUCCCGGCACAAGAAGUUUGAUGAGUUUUUCCGAGAACUUCUGGAGAAUGCAGAACGAUCCUUAAAUGAUAUGUUUGUGCGGACCUACGGCAUGCUGUACAUGCAGAACUCUGAGGUGUUCCAGGACCUCUUCACAGAGCUGAAGCGUUACUACACGGGAGGCAACGUGAACUUGGAGGAAAUGCUGAACGACUUCUGGGCUCGGCUGCUGGAGCGGAUGUUCCAGCUUAUAAACCCCCAGUACCAUUUCAGCGAGGACUACCUGGAGUGUGUAAGCAAGUACACAGACCAGCUGAAGCCGUUUGGAGAUGUGCCCAGGAAGCUGAAGGUUCAAGUGACUAGAGCAUUCAUUGCUGCACGGACCUUUGUGCAGGGGCUGACAGUAGGCCGAGAAGUUGCGAACAGAGUAUCCAAGGUCAGUCCCACCCCAGGGUGCAUCCGGGCGUUAAUGAAGAUGUUGUACUGCCCUUACUGCAGAGGACUUCCCACUGUGAAACCUUGCAACAACUAUUGCCUCAAUGUAAUGAAGGGAUGCCUAGCAAAUCAGGCUGAUUUGGAUACUGAGUGGAAUCUGUUCAUAGAUGCUAUGCUUCUGGUAGCGGAGAGAUUAGAGGGACCAUUCAACAUUGAAUCAGUCAUGGAUCCUAUUGAUGUCAAGAUUUCUGAAGCCAUCAUGAACAUGCAAGAAAACAGCAUGCAGGUGUCAGCAAAGGUCUUCCAAGGAUGUGGCCAGCCUAAACCAGCACCUGCCCUGAGAUCUUCCCGUUCUGUCCCUGAAAACUUCAAUACCCGGUUUAGGCCAUAUAACCCAGAGGAGAGACCUACAACUGCUGCUGGCACAAGUUUGGAUAGGCUGGUAACAGACAUCAAAGAAAAGCUAAAGCUCUCUAAAAAGUUCUGGUCGACAUUGCCCUACACAAUCUGCAAGGAUGAGCGAGUGACAGCCGGUCCGUCAGUGGAGGAGGACUGCUGGAAUGGCCACACCAAGGCGAGAUACUUGCCUGAGAUUAUGAACGAUGGCUUGACCAACCAGAUCAACAAUCCAGAAGUAGAUGUGGACAUCACAAGGCCAGACACCUUCAUUCGACAGCAAAUCAUGGCCUUGCGUGUCAUGACUAACAAACUGAAGAAUGCGUACAAUGGGAAUGAUGUCAACUUCCAGGAUACGAGUGAUGAAACCAGCGGCUCAGGCAGUGGAAGCGGCUGCACGGACGACAUCUGUCCCACCGAGUUUGAUUUCGUCACCACCGAAGCACCGCCUGUCGACUCGGACAGGAGGGAGGUGGAGGCUUCAGCCACACAGCCUGGCUGGUCACUGCAGACAUUGCUCCUCAUCUGCCUCAGUCUCGUACUGCAGAGACAGUGGAGAUAA